UACAGGGAGGAGGGGGGACAGGGAAGGCAGAGGGAGCCGGAAGUUGAGUGAUAGGAAAAAUUAAUCCAGAGGUGCUGGUGGGAUGGGUGUGAGCAGAGACAGUGGAGGCAGGGAGACUGGUUUGGAGCUUGCCACAGGGUGGGGAUGGGUGCACUUAGGAAACUUUGCCAUCCCCGAGUGCACCUGGCUAAAUAAAACCUGGUGAUUGGACAUCCGGGUGAGGGAGACCCAUGUGUCCCCGCUGACCUGGAAGAUUGGAAGUGAGAGUGAGGAGCUGACGUCAGUGAUGGAAGUGGAGAUUGGGAGGAAGUCUGGUUUGGGGAGAGGAAAAGCUGAUGAGUGGAGACGCGGGCAUGUAGAGUCGGGAUGCUAGAAAGAGGGGGAAAGGUAGAGGUUCAUCAGGUUUGGGAGGAGUCCCCUUAGGGGUUGGGUCAGCCAAGGAAAGUGAGGAGCAGGGGCCCCUGGGAGUGGCUCGGGCCCUGCAGCUUGCCCUGUGCUGACACAGCACCCAGCCAGCCGGCUGGUUUAGCCCUUGGGGUGGAAAAGCCAAUUUCCUGAAGUCUCCUGCCACUCCCGAGUGCCCCCCCCCCCACAUUCGGGACAAUGCACGGGCUCAUCAUUCCUGGGUCUUCUCACUCAGGGGCCCUGCCUCUGGGGGAGUCAGAUGGAGUUUUUCAGUGGAACAAAAGGUUGUUAUGUAAAUAUUUAUGUAAAGGUGACAAUUUGCUUUAUAAAGUCUUAUCAUGAGAGAUUGUACAUUCCCCCGUAGAUAUAUAUAUGUGCUUAUAUUUGAGACUUUUGUUCAGAUUGGUUUGGAGCCUGUUUCAGAAAGCCACAUUCUUUGCUUCCCUCUAGAAUCAGCUCUUUCAGAGUCCUCUGGCCCCGGACCUGGGUGCCUGGCAAAGUUGGCAGACAGCCUUUUAUAACAGUGCGUCGUGCAGGUGUGUGAAUUAAUAGUACCUGGUGCCUGCUGAAGGCCAGGCCUGCUGCUUGGUGGUUUUUCUUUUCUUUUCUUUUCUUUUUUUUUUUAAUUUCAGCUUAUUAUGGGGUAUAAAUGUUAAGGUUACAUAUAUUGCCCAUGCAUAUAUACCCCCCUGCUUGGUGGUUUUCUAGCUCCUCUAAAUAUUGUCUUGUUUAAUUCUCAUUAAAUCCUUACAUGAUGUUGGUAGUAUUAGCCCCAUUUUACAAAUGGGAAACAGAAUGAGAAAGGCUAAAUAAUUUGCCCAAGGUUAUAUAGCUAGUGGGGAUUUAGAUGCUCUGAUUUAGGGGCUCUGAAGCCCCUUCAGGAAGUCUUAACUGUUUAGCCCUGGUGAGUGGGGAGGGAGCUCCAACCCCCACCCCAGCAAUUCCUAGGAUAGAAAGAAAACCGUAAAUGUCUCCCUUUCUGAGGCUUAUGCACCAUCUUUCCCAGUUAUGGAGAAGGUCAGUUCAGUGGUGCUUUGAGUCCGGUGAGAAGAGUGCGAUGAUUGGAUUUGUUUUUAUUACAUCCUGUGGGAAGUUAGGAAACUAAACAUUCUGGCACUUGGGUGCAUGGCUGGAAUCAUUCUGGGAAAAGAAAAUUAGAUCAGGUCAAAAAAUAUUUCCUCAUUAAGCAGCAGGAUUAGGAAGGUUUCUAAGGCAACAGCAGGUGUUUUCGACAUGAGGGGUGGGAUGGGGCCAGUUCCCUAUAACACAUGCAGAUUGAACUUUGCAGGUUGCUAUGGUAACAACUUCUUCUGAUGCCAUAGCUGGCUGUGGGGAAUUUAUAAGAAACCAAGGGACUUCACAACUCUCCUUGCAGUGUGAUUUCAGGCUUGAAGUCACUGCAAGUGAGGGUUGGCUGGCACCUGUGCUGGGAGCCGACAGAGGCUGGGACACACCCUGCCUGAUCAGAGGGCCCUGUUACAAUUCAAUAACAUCAGUCAUUUUGCUUGACUCGUUAUUGCACCCCAGGGAUUUCAGGAGUCACCCCUAAUCAUUAGAUUACCCGAGAGGCAGAAUAAUUCACAUCUGUUCAGUACUCAGGAGUUUGCAGGGCUCUUUCAGGGCUGUUUGAUUUUCUGAGCCACACAGCAACCCUCAGGUGGGAUUAUCAUCAUGGUGCCCCAUUUUCCAAGUAAGGAAACUGAGGUUAAAGGACUUGAUCAAGGUCACACAGUUAAAGAGCUGUGAAGCCAGAGCACAAACCCAGGGCAUCUGCCCCGAGAUUCUGUGCUUUGCUGCUCCACAUCCUGUGGGGGAGAGCUGGCAUCAACUGCUUAGACCGAGGCAAGGAAUGAGGGGUUCCGCAGGCUGGCUCUGUGACUGGCAUGCCAUACUCUGAGCUCAGCUCCCUCACUGCCUAGAAAAUGCUGCAUUUUGCAUUCCAAAUUUAUUUUCUUUUUAAGAGUUAUUUUUACAAGGGAUUUCUGAUCAGUUGAAACUAUUCGUUUUUGAGUUGAACGAUGAGGGGCAAAGAUCCUCAUUGAGCAAGAAAUUGCUUUUUUUCCCUGAUAAGGACAUAUCUGGAAGGCUGCCAUGAGUUUGAACCCUUCCAGGCAUCAUCCUCCACCUCUAUCGUCUGAGAUUCUACAGCCUCCCCUGCUAGGGGACAUGGCACUGCCUUUGGCCUAAAUCCACUUUGGCCUGUGCUAUCUUCCACUAGAUCGUGUUCCCUGUGCUCAAGGCCUGUGGGAUUGAUUUAGUCAAAAUACAAAGUAAUGGAAAGAAGUUGAGACCAGAGAUAAAAGCAGCAGGUGCCAGUAGGCCAAGGCUUCGCUGUCGCAGAGAGGAAGGGCCUGGCUGCACCCAAAAAUGCUUCUUUCUUGGUUCUGAUUGCAAAGCUCCAGGAUAUUAAGCCUAUGCGCCCACCUCACCCCCACUUAGUGCUUUGUGACAGAAGGUGGGGCUCAGGAUGCCUCUGGGGUGUCUUUGUCACCUCUCUCCUCCGUCCCCCCACUCUCUUUUCUGUGAUCUGUCACCUUGCACGUGUCUCCCACAGAGGGUUUGGUGUUGAUUUUGGGUUAAAAACUGACUGCAACUCAUAGGUUUUGAUGGCCGACCCAGAGUUUUUUACAACUUUGAGUUGGCUGUUGGAAUCUAAAAUGUGGAGAUUCACCUAGAUGUGGAUUUCUAGCUUCCCCUGGGCGUUGCCUCCCAUCCUCCCCUCCCCCAGGAGGGGACUGGAGUGCUGGCCUGGUGCUUGGCCUUUGACUCACAGGCCCGGCCCUUGUGGGCUGCUGGGGUUGUGCCUUCUGGUGGAGGUGAAAACUGCAGAGCAGACACAACUUUUUAAGAAAAUAGGAAAAAACAAAAGCAAGCCUUUUCCCUUCUCAGGGGCACCCAGCGAGGCAACAGGGACACAUUUUCUCUUCCUGGUGCGAGGAACACAGCCUAGCUCAUGCAUCACUUUCGCACCUUGUUCCCAGCCUGAUCACCUUUGAGUUGAUGCUGUUGCCCCAGAAAGAGGUGUUGUCUCGCUGUACCUGUGAGCCUGUGCAGCUGCCAGCUCACCCGUUCUCCCAGGCCUCGGAUCUGCAGCGGCUCUCCAUGGGCUCAGCUGCUCCCAGCCGAGAGCUGCCCACCCCCACUCCUCACUCCGCUGGUCCCCCUCCCUCUGUUAGGCCCUCUCACCUGUAUGCACAGUUAUUCGUUGUGAGGAUUUUUUUUUUUUGCUUUAUAAAACCAAACCGAGAUACUUGAGAGUUAGGAUCAGUUUUUACGUGUCAAGCCGGUGAGGCACGGUGAGAACCUUCUGCCUGAGUUUGUCCUUCCCCCCUCCGUGUGGGGCCUUGUUCUUGGCGCACACUAACUGUCAAUAUGUGUUCGGUCAGUAGAGGAGUGAAGAAAUGGAGGGAGGCACGAAUAAAUGAAAGAAGGACCUGUCCUCACUUCCCUGUCUCACAGGACUCAUCUGCUGGCUGGCUGCCACGUCUGUCCCUUCCACUCUCCCUCGAUCACUCUUUGGGCAGCAUUAUUCCGAGCUGUCUGUGAGCCUGUCUGGCUGGGCACUGGGAAGACAAAGGUGAAUAAGACAUUCUCCUUGUCUUUGAGGGCCUUAUUUCUUCACUCCUUCAACUCCUUCUCCUCCUGUUCCCCAACAGCAAAUGCCAGAUGUCACCAGAGCAGUCCCCACAUCCUCCUGGGCAGGCUGGCAGUGGGAGGCGCCAGGCCAGGGCCCUGGUGCCGAGGGGCCUGGUAAUUGGCCUUGACAGACCCUCCAGAAACAAAAGCCCUCGACUCUGGGUCCCUGGAUGACGUCUCAGGAACCCUAGUUCUCUACUUGGAGAUAUCGCUGGUGGCUGUGGCCACUCCGAGAAGCACUGGUUUGGACUUUCCCCCAUGCUGGGUCACUGGGAGCCAGAGGCUGCCAGCAGCCAUUGCCCAGGUUUCAGUGGCCCCUUCUUAGUCUGCAGUUUUGUGGGCCCUUUGUGCAAAAUCUUUCCUGUUCUCCCUCUUUUCCAAAUUAGGGACCCAGAGAAGUGCUUGCUGCUUCCAACCUCCCAGGGUGGCUCGGAGGAGCAGCUGAUGGCUCUGUGACUUGGGAGAGAAAGGCACUGGGCAAGAUGGAGACGCUGAAGGACAAGACCCUGCAGGAGCUGGAGGAGAUGCAGAAUGACUCGGCGGUGAUUGACCAGCUGGCCCUGGAGUCCUGUGAGGUCCAGGACCUGCAGCUGGCAAGGGAGAUGGCACUGGCCACCAACCGGAGCCUGGCUGAGCAGAACCUGCAGUUCCAAGGCCCCCUGGAGGUCUCCCGCUCAGUGCUCUCUGACAAAUACCAGGAGCUCUGGAAGCUUGUGGAGCGGUGCCAGGAGCAGAAGGCAAAGCUAGAGAAAUUUUCUUCAGCUCUGCAGCCAGGGGCGCUGUUAGACCUUCUGCAGAUUGAAGGCAUGAAGAUUGAAGAGGAGUCUGAGGCCAUGGCUGAGAAGUUCCUGGAAGGUGAGGUGCCCUUGGAAACGUUUCUGGAGAACUUUUCUUCCAUGCGGAUGCUGUCCCACCUGCGCCGGGUCCGUGUGGAAAAGCUCCAGGAAGUGGUGAGGAAGCCCAGGGCUUCCCAGGAGCUGGCCGGCGAUGCCCCUCCGCCCCGCCCGCCACCCCCGCCUCGCCCAGCGCCCCAGGCCACGCUCCCUGUGGCUGAAGAACAGCCGCAGCCGCCAUCAGCCGUGCCUCCCUACCCUUUGCCCUACAGCCCGUCCCCCAGCAUGCCUGUGGGCCCCACUGCCCAGGGAGCCCUGCCCCCAGCCCCUUUCCCCGUGGUGUCCCAGCCCUCGUUCUACGGUGGGCCCCUGGGCCCCACUUACCCGGCAGCCCAGUCAGGACCCAGGGCUGCUGCGGGCUACUCCUGGUCCCCACAGAGGAGCACGCCAUCCCGGGCAGGCUAUCCCGGGACCCCACCUGGUGCCCCUGGCCCUGGGUACCCCGUGGCAGGAGGCAAGGCCUCCAGUCCUGGUUAUCCUCAGCAGUCCCCGUACCUCCCAGCAGGAGGAAAACCUCCCUACCCAAUGCAGCCCCAGCUCCCCAGCUUCCCCGGACAGCCCCAGCCCUCAGUGCCCACUCAGCCCCCCUAUCCUCCCGGGCCCGCCCCUCCCUACGGGUUUCCACCGCCUCCAGGGCCUGCCUGGCCCAGGUAUUAGACUCGCUCCUGGCCCUUGGUCCCUCCCUCCUCCCACCUGUACUGCAGCCUUUGGGCCACCUGUCACCGAGACUCAAGGGGAAACGAGAAGUGGCACUGGCGCUCCCUGUGGACUUGUGUUGAGACACAGGCCUUGGAGGGACCCAGCUGGGAGCAUGUAGGCCCCCAAAAGGCGCUGGGCAGUAUGACCAGGUGGGCCGAGGCAGACGGUCACCGCACGUGCUGGCCUUCCGGCUAGAGGUCCUCCUGGGCACUCCUCUCCAUGAUUGGCUGUAGCAUUUCUGGUGCUAGCCAGGCUGGCAGUCCAGUGCCUCUCACGGUGUCUGAGCGUAUGCACAUGCCUGUGAGCAUCUGCUUGUGCCUACACUCAAGGCCGUCCGAACCCCGUGCAGAGUUAUCUUGGUGAUGAGGUGGCCCCAGAUUUCUGGCCCUGCUCAUCUCCUCCCUCUCCCCUGGGAUUUGGCAUAUUUGACUUGGGGCCAUGCCAAGGGAUGCAGCUCUGUGUCUGCCUGGUCCUUCAAAGCUGGUCUGCCCCAUGCACCAUGGCAAGGAUCAGGUUGGAGGGAGAGAACAGAGUUAGGAAAAACAAUGAUUUUCGAGCCCUAUAAAGCCAUAAUUUAACUCCAAUAGCUGAUGUCAGGCAAGCUCGUCCUGGGUGCUGUUUGAAUGGCAGUGGUGCAGUGCAGGGAGGAGGCUAGGGGUCAUGAAGGCUGACCCCAGACCUUGCUUGCGCUGGUUGGGGAACCCCAGGGGCUCCCUUGGGUCCUCUGGCUAGAGGUAAAGAAGUAGCCCUAGCCGGGAGAUUGUGGUCACAUUGGGAUUUUUUAGGAGUAGGGGACCGGGUCACCUCCCCAGCCGCACUCUCUCUCUGGCCCUACACUUCAGGUUGACUUUUCCUGAGGUCCACCCGUCUGUCCAGUUCUUUAGUGCCUUGAAUCUCGUUCACAGCAGCCCCCUCCUCCUCUCCCCUCCCCCGGCCUCUUUGAUGUAGUUCUCCCCUGCCCCCAGUACCUCUCCUGGGACAGACAUCAAGAGAUGUCCUAACAGCAGCUUCCCAAAUGGUGCUCUCUGAAACACCAUCACUACGCUGGGGGCGGUUUCUUUGCACCUCUCUGGUCUUCAGAAUGUAAAGGGUGGGGGUUGUGACUCCGUGUCACCGGCAGCCCGAGUGCAUUGUGGCGGUUUAGGCAUGUCCACUAAUGAGGAUGACAGCAGUAGACCAAAGGGGGUGUGAUAAGUGAAGCAUUAUAAACUUAAUUGUUCCGGGUAUGAACCAGGUCUCAGGGCAGAGCCUGGAGCUGCUAUUGGUGGGGAAGUCAUAUGUGCCUUGAAAUGUCCACUACCUGAAGACCCAGCAUCUGGUGGGCCGGGGCUGCUGGGGCCCAAGGAGGAACUUGUCCUCCUGGUGCCUGCCCCUCCCUGGCCUGCGUGCCAUCAGUGGGGCUGUGUGUGAUGCUAGGUUAGCGCUGCUGGUUCCUUACCAAUUGUGCUUGCUUCCCCUAAGUUAUUUAUAAAGAGGAAUCACUAAUGGACUCUGCUGGUUCCAGUGCUUCUGAACUGGAUGAACGAUCGCCCCAUAUGUUUGUAUAAUUAAUUGCCAUAAUAAACUUGGAUGAGUUACA